CUGUUUAUUUUUAUUCAGAAUGCCCGCCUUGUUCGUUUUGCUUGACAGCUGAAUAUCAAAACAAAGCUACGUAGGUAACUAACGGAUUUAACGUUAGUGCUUUUCUGAAAACACUUUGCAUUGUCCGUUAACUAGCUAACAUAACAUUGUUUACUCUGCUAGCCAACAAAGUGCUCUUUUUUUUUUUUUAAACUAGCAUUGCUUUGAACUAGAGCUAUCCACUGUGUCACAAGCAACAACUGUUUAGUAACAGUCUGGUAUACUUUUAUGUUACUAUUCAAAUAUUCAACAAAUAAAGCCCUUAGACUUACCUUUUCUUACCACUCCACUACACGCGCGUGUGUCUUUUUGGUGAAAGAGACUGGAGGGGGCGCGUGUUUGAUGUUUGUUCAAGCAUACCGACCACGGUGUUCCUAAUGUCGUUAGCUAGCCUCGCCUGGAAAGUGUGUUGUUGGAGGUACGUUAAUCUGUCUGCUUGAAGUAAGGCGAAAGCACGAGAUGCCAGAGCCGUCGGAGAUGAGUGGUCCUGAGGUAGCGAAGACGCCGGGGGGCGGGGCGCCGGGGAAGGAAGGAAUGGAGGCUGUAGCCAAUGGCCAUGCAGGAGAGGGUGAACAGGGAGGAGACGAUCCCUUCGCUGAGUACAUGUGGAUGGAGAACGAGGAUGCGUACAACAGACAGGUUGAAGAGGAAUUGUUGGAGCAGGAGUUCUUGGAGCGUUGUUUCCAGGAGAUGUUAGAUGAGGAGGACCAGGAUUGGUUCAUCCCGGCCAGAGACCUCCCCUCAGGGGUGGGGCAGAUCCAGCAACAGCUCAACGGCUUGUCAGUCAGUGACAGAGGAAACGCAGAGGAGAUGGCGAGCCUCAAUUUCGUAGGCGCAUGGACUCUACAAGGUGUCGAAAGCGUUCCACAGAGGAAAAGCAACUUGAACCCUGAUGCGAAGGAGUUCGUUCCGGGAGUGAAAUACUAGGACUCCCCCUCACCCCCAGGGAGCACAAACACUCACGCUCACAUAACCUUGCAGAGACUCUGGCGGCCUUUACCGCAAAACACACACAGGUCCAGGGUGUGUAGGUAGAAACCUGUAAGGGGGUGGGGAGCUUCUUUUCUUUUUAAGAUUUUUAUUUGUUUCAACUUGUAAACUAAAGGACAGGGGUGGGGUAUCAACAGAGCCCUAUAGACGGCACUGCUACUUCAUUUACAUUCAAGGAUGCAUCCCAAAUGGUACCCUAUUCCCUAUGUAGUGCACUACUUUUGACCAGGGCCCAGAUUGACAAAACACUUCUAAUGCAAAAACAAACGAACUAGCUUGUUUUUUUUCUUAAGUGCAUUAUCUUAAAAUGUAAUUAUUUUUUUAUGACCUCAAUCUUAAGAUGUUUGUUGCUAGGCAACCGUUUUAGACAUUUUACAUUUGAGUCAUUAAGCAGACGCUCUUAUCCAGAACGACUUACAGUAGUGAAUGCAUACAUUUCAUACAUUUUUUUUUUUCUUCUCCGUACUGGUCCCCCGUGGGAAUCGAACCCACAACCCUGGUGUUGCAAACACCAUGCUCUACCAACUGAGCCACACGGGACCAAGCAAUGGCAAUCAUGUUAGCAUAUUUAUUACUGUUCUGAAACUUUUAGAUAAAGUUUGAAAUAAACAUGUUCAAUUGCUUUUUUGUUAGCUUUUUUUUUGUUAGCUAUCUUGGAAUUAAGAACAUUUCCAAUGAAAUUCGAUACUUGAAAAUAAAGUCUUAACUUUUUACUUAGGGAGAAAACGUGCAAUAACAUUUCCAAUAACCUUUUUGAGGAAUAGCAACUUUUAACUUCUUAACUACAAUUUUUUUCCUUAAGACAUUUCUUCUUAAAUCUAUAUUUAAGGUUUUGUGAAUCUGGGCCCAGGGCCCUACCAUUGUGGGCCCUGGGCCCUACCAUUGUGGGCCCUGGUCUAAAGUAGUGCACUCCCUAAAAAAACGGGUACUUUUUCGGAUGCACAUAAAGGCGUACAUGUACAGAGAAAUUGCAAACUCUUGAGAUUUUCCAACUUUAUUUUUUACUUUUCAUGGUUGCCAUGUUGGCACCUAAAAGUUCCAUGCUAAUACAACAAGUGAAUUGCAAAUGAUACCCUGUUCCAUCAUACAGUGCACUACCUAGUAAAAAUAGGGUGCCAUUUUGAGAUCUGCAUUUAUACGUUUCAUGGCGUCCUUGUUGGCGUCAGAAUGUUCCACAACAUUACCAUUCUAAUUGGAAUCCAACUACGAAUGUAAUUAUUGUUAACGAACGACGACUGAUGCCAACAUGGACGACACAGUUGGCCGUUCUAGAUUUCUGUAACUACGUACCUCUGGUCACAAUAUGACAUUACUCUUCUGUCUCAUUUCGCGUUAUGACAUCAUCAUCAUCAUACAGACUCUGUGUAGAGCUGUUUUUAUUUCUCAUGGGCCUGGUUCCAAACCAAUUACUCAUCUUUCCUAUCCCCUACACCAUUUAAACUCAACUCUUGACCUCGAAGCCAGUUCCGCUGCAUUGUUUUCUUUCCCUCUAAUUAGGGACUGAUUUUAGAACUGGGACACCAGGUGAGUGCAAUUAAUUAUCAGGUAGAACUGAAAACCAGCAGGCUCUGACCCUCGUAGGGUAAGAGUUGAAUACCCCUGCCCUACACCAUUUUUCACUACCUCCUUGUGGGUGAAAAGGUUGAAGUUUUAUUUCCCAUAAGCUGCGUUUACAGUCACCCAAAUGUGGAUGUUUUUUUUUCCCACUAAUUGGUCUUUUGACCAAUCACAUCAGAUCUUUUCCAAUCAAAUAUUUUUCAGAGUUCUGAUUGGUCAGAAGACCAAUUUAGUGAAAAAAUAUCAGAAUUGGGCUGCCUAUGUAAACGCCGCAAUAUAGUCCUACUUUUAAUCAGAACCUGGAGUCCUGAUCUAAAGAAGUGCAUCAUUUGAGGUGUCACGUGAUGGGGAACCAGAGUGCAUGGGUUAGGGUAUUGGUAUUUGGUUUGUAACUAGGCCGUUCCCUGGUAUGCAUCUCAAAUGCCACCCUAUUUCCUUUAUAGUGCACUACUUUUGACCUGUGCUCUGGGCAAAAGUAGUGCACUCAAUGGGGAAUAGGGUACCAUUGCCUCUCACAGUACUGAAGGAAUGGAAGCAUCAUGUUGAACUUUGUUGGCUCAAUGUUGAUCAAUACAUUAUCAGGUUUAUCUGUUAAUCUCUUGUUUUUAGAGGAGCAAGGUGUUUGUCUCUUGGGUUGCCGUAGCCUGUGGUCAAAACGGGAAUGGAUGUGUCCCCCAAAUAGCACCCUAUACCCUUAUUUUUUUUAUUUUAUUUCACCUUUAUUUAAAUAGGCAAGUCAGUUAAGAACAAAUUCUUAUUUACAAUGACGUCCUACCCUGGCCAAACCCAGACAAUGCUUGGCCAAUUGUGCGCCGCCCUAUGGGAAGCCAAUCACGGCCGGAUGUGAUGCAGCCUGGAUUCGAACCAGGUACUGCAGUGAAGCCUCUUGCUCUUCUGUCAUAGUUCCCUACUUUUAACUAGGGCCCAUAGCACUCCCUAUGAGCUCUCAAAGGGUCCUGGUUAAAAGUGGUGCACUACAUAGCCAAUUGGGUACCAUUUAUGAAUGGUGGGAGGAAAAACGCUAGAUUAGUGUCUAGGGGAGGUUUAAAAUGAAUGGGUGGGACUUGAGCUAGGGUUGACCAACCACAGGCUAUGUGCACCCUGGGUAAACCAAUAGGAAUGGUCUGCCAGUUGGAUUUACAUGAAAAUAAUGGAUUUUGAGUUGGAAAAAGUCCCUAACGACCCAAAGUACGAAUUUCAAUACAAAAAGAUGAAUAAAAAUGUGAAACUGCA